AGGCGGCAGUGGGGGCCAGGCAGCGCGCCGGCGUGCACCGCGCGGCCGAGGAGCGCGGCGCCCAAGCGCGGGCCGCCCGCGGAGCCACAGCCGAGCCCAGUCCCAGCCCGAGCCGAGCCCCACCCGAGCCGAGCCGCGCCGAGCCGGGCCGGCGCGCCAGGUGCCCGCAGCCAUGCCGGCCAGCCGCGCCGCGCGCACCUGUGCGCUCCUUGCCCUCUGCCUCCUGGGCACCGGGGCCCAGGAUUUCGGGCCGACGCGCUUCAUCUGCACCUCAGUGCCCGUGGACGCCGACAUGUGCGCAGCUUCUGUGGCCGCGGGCGGCGCGGAGGAGCUCCGGAGCAAUGUGCUGCAGCUCCGCGAGACCGUGCUGCAGCAGAAGGAGACCAUCCUGAGCCAGAAGGAGACCAUCCGCGAGCUGACCACCAAGCUGGGCCGCUGCGAGAGUCAAGGCGUGCUGGACGCGGGUCCCGGCGAAGCCAGGGCGGGCGGCGGCCGCAAGCAGCUCGGCUCCGGCAAGAACACCAUGGGCGACCUGUCCCGGACGCCGGCCGCAGAGACACUCAGCCAACUCGGGCAAACUUUGCAGUCGCUCAAAACCCGCCUGGAGAACCUCGAGCAGUAUAGCCGCCUCAAUUCAUCCAGCCAGACCAACAGCCUCAAAGAUCUGCUGCAGAGCAAGAUCGAUGACCUGGAGCGGCAGGUGCUGUCUCGGGUGAAUACGCUGGAGGAGGGCAAGGGGGGCCCCAAGAACGAUACGGAGGAGAGGAUCAAGAUCGAGAGUGCGCUGACCUCCUUGCACCAGCGUAUCAGCGAGCUGGAGAAAGGUCAGAAAGACAACCGCCCAGGAGACAAGUUCCAGCUCACAUUCCCACUGCGAACCAACUACAUGUAUGCCAAGGUGCGGAAGAGCCUGCCGGAAAUGUACGCCUUCACCGUGUGCAUGUGGCUCAAGUCCAGCGCAGCACCGGGCGUGGGCACGCCCUUCUCCUACGCUGUGCCCGGCCAGGCCAACGAGCUGGUCCUCAUCGAGUGGGGCAACAACCCAAUGGAAAUCCUCAUUAAUGACAAGGUGGCCAAGCUGCCCUUUGUGAUUAAUGAUGGGAAGUGGCACCACAUCUGCGUCACCUGGACCACCAGGGAUGGGGUCUGGGAAGCCUACCAGGAUGGCACCCAAGGUGGCAACGGCGAGAACCUGGCUCCCUACCACCCCAUCAAGCCGCAGGGUGUGCUGGUGCUGGGCCAGGAACAGGACACUCUGGGUGGUGGAUUUGAUGCCACCCAGGCGUUUGUGGGCGAGCUGGCCCACUUCAACAUCUGGGACCGCAAGCUGACCCCAGGGGAAGUGUCCAACCUAGCCACCUGCAGCGCCAAGGCCCUCUCUGGCAAUGUCAUUGCCUGGGCAGAGUCCCAAAUUGAGAUCUACGGCGGAGCCACCAAGUGGACUUUCGAGGCCUGUCGCCAGAUCAACUGACAGCUUCCGGCCAGGGCUGAGCCCCAGGUCCCGCACCCGCCCACCCUGCUUGUGCGGUGAUGAUCCAUCGUCUCUUCUUUCCCUUCCCCCAGGAAUGAAUCAAGGCCUCGGCCCCUGCACACACACACACAUGCACGCACACGCACACAGCCUCCUUGUGUGUUUUGACCUCCUUGUGCACAGGAAGCAGUCCUGGUUCUCCUCUGUCCCCGAGGACACCCCACUUCUCCCUAGAAGUCCUGCUGUUCCCCAGGCCUGCCCUGAGACUGCAGCUGAGUGGGUACUGGAAUAGGAGAGAGACAGAGAGAAGACGCUUGUGCACAUGAGUGUGUGUACCUGGAGGUGUGGCUGGGGGAAGCUUUUAGAGUGAGGUGUUUCAUUUCCUCCUCCUUUGUGGCUGUGGGAAGUCUCAGAAUGGGUCAGAAGUCUGUUUGCCCACUCCAGCAUCUGCCUGUGUGCAGCUUCUCCAGCACAGCCAUUGUCUUCCUUUGCAGACACCUUGCGGAAAGCUCCCUCCUGACAUCGCAAUGUCUUUCAGUGGUUUGCUAGGACUGGGUGGGCCUUUCCACAGAGGGUUUUCAUUUGGAACUAGGGGUGCAUGCUCUGAAGGCCGAGGCUAACUGUCCUGGGAUACAACCCCUGCUAGCUGCCAUGUGUCUGCUACAGCAGAGGCAGUUGGGACCAAGGAAGGCCUGCAGGUGUUCUCAGUGGCUCUGUCCCUUGCCUUCUCACCUCUUUGCACCCUUCAGGGCUGGGACCUGUCAUACACUUUUAGCCACUGGUGCUGCCUCUGGCAGUGGGAAACCAGAGGCUUCCAAUAGAGGCCACUGGAUGAGAGACCCACCUGCUGAUUGAAACCCAGCCCCAAAGGCCCUGGAGAGCUUCACCCAGCCAUUCCAUGGGAAGGAGGUCCCCAUGGCACUGCUGACAGCCAUAUUCCUCCACGCAUCCCCAGACCCUAGGUGGCUGGAGCUGGAAGACCCCUCCUGCAGAGCCACGCGUGGCCAGGGCAAGGCUGAAGCCCCUCCUCUGGCUCAUGGGCCUUCUGCCUGGAAGCCGCCCAUAACCUGCUGCUGGCCCACAACACGGACUUGUGUCCAGAAUCUUUGGCUUCUUUUUCCCCCAUGAAAAACAGCAUGAAUAUUUCCUUCUAGUAUUUCUGAAGAGGGGAGAAAAAGCUGUGCAUGUAUGUGUGUGUGUGUGAGCGUGCGUGCCUGUGUGUGUGUGUGAGAGAGUGAACACUCCAGAGGUUGUGCCCAGGAUAAGGCGAGCCCCUGCUUUGUCCUGGAUCUGCCAGGCACACUGAGGACCCUCAGGACCCCUGUCCAGGAGUCUAACUCAGGAAAGGCUGGUGAGCCUUUCCAGAAGUCCUCUGUGCUGCCUGGCUCGUCUGCAGCUGCAGACACCUCCUCAGAGGUGGGUGCGUGCCCGGCACUCCCUCCGGGGCACCUGCCUCCUCCGGCGCUGGUCCACCGCGUGUCGGAAACCUAGUGCAUCCGUGUGUGUCUGUGUUGGUGUCUCUGUGUCACUGUACUUGUGGGUGUCUGCACGGUACAGGUCGCCACUCUGCAAUGCAUCACUCUUCAGAGAGGGUGCGGAUGUGGCACCAUGCUGCGUGUCAUUGUUCAACAGUGGCUUUUUCUUAGAUAAUUGUGCUUCCUCAGUGCCGUCGGGUUGUGGCAUCCUUGGCUCUGCAGGGAUCUUCUCUGUUUGCAUGUUCCUCGGGGUGGCGUGUUCUUUGCUCCCUCGGUCCGAUGUGUGUUCCCCUGCCUGCAUGGACUUUCCCAGUUCUGUGUUGUGUGCUGAGUGCCACCCAGUGUUCUGUGACCACCCAUGUAACUACUGAAAAUGUCUGGGUAAGCAAGCCAGGGGUGUUGGAGGGGGUUGAGAGAGAGGCCAGUGUCCUUCUCCUCCUCCCCACUCCCCAAACACACCAAGAAGCAUCUCGAACAUGUAGGUUGAGAACAAGCCCCAAUGAUACCACGGUUGGGAGAGAGAGCUUGGAAUCACCUUUCCAGACUGGGUCGAGCCCCACCCUCACUCCAGCCACCUGGGAGCCAUCCUUGGCUCGGCCCAGAGCGUCUGUGCCCAGUGCACUCCUGCUGGCACCUGCCACCAGCCCCUGCCCCUGCCGAUACGGACCCCAGACCACCACUGCCAAGUGGCAAGGUGGGAGCUGUCCGUUCAGGACCACAAGCCAUCCUCCGCCCUAGCUAGAGGACGGAGCACAUACCGGAUGCUUAUGCCUAUGACCCUGACCCUCCAGCUUCCUGGGCCCCUCCCUUUCCUUUUGCUGCCCCCUGAUGCACCCGUGGUGCCCGGGACAGAAGCUGACAUUUAGCUCCCGCCCCACCCCAACCGGAGUCUGUGCCAAGCCCCCGACUCCCUCACUGUGUUCAUACUUGGCACUGUGCUGGCCCCGAGAAAGGUAGAUGACAGCAGCAAAUCUAUCCACACCGUUCCCAUUGACUCCUUAAUCUGAUUGAUGUUCCCUCUUGCACUGAAUAAUACAUGCCUCUCUCAGGUAAGCCAUUUUAUAAAAUAAGAAGAUAAAAAAAAAAAGCACUGUUGAGACAGUGUUUGCUUCUGCCGAGCUGGUGUCCGACAGCUCCCUGGGGGUCCGGGUGGGAUAGCUGCCACGGAGGCUCCCCAGGCCUUGGGGGGCCUAGAGCCCACUUGAAUCGUAAAGCCUUCUUGCUUUUGAUAACAGUAUUAUUUCUCUUACUGUAGAAGAAAAAGUUUAUUACCAAACAAGAGUAUUUUUAUGAAAGAAUAAGACAAACCUAUAAAUUAUCUCAACCUAUAUCUCCCUUGAAAACACUUUCAGGCUCCACCAAACCAUAGGACUGAAAGCUUGUAUUUUGGAAGAAAAAGAUACAUUUUGUAUGCUUUCUUUUCCUUUUGUAGAUUCCCAAUUUAUUUUCUAAGACCGCAAAGAUCACUCUGUCACCAGCCCUGGGACUGAGGCCGAGGGGGUGUCUUGUGGGUAGCGAGGGGGAGGGGAGAGGCUCACAGGAGGUUUGCAGUCGGUCCAGUGAGGGGCCGCCUGUGGUGAAGCUGUGUUGGGGACAGGAGGCCAAAGAGGCCACUCGGGGUGGGCCCUCUGUCUGGGAGCCGACCGGUGAAGUGGAAUGGGUUGAGGAUUUGAGCGUCCAUUCCAACCUGUAUAGAAGCAUCAAGGCUAAGAGGACCGAGGCCUUCGUGAUCUUACAGCCACCAGCAUGUGGCUUGAUGGAGUCAUUGUUUCAUCUCUUUAAACACAGUGCGUAAGUGUAUCCUGCCAGCGAUGGGGAGAGCAUGGCUCCUUGCACAUGGACUGAAGAACGGUUUGUUUAAAGGGAACGUCAUUGAGGAGAAAUGAAGCCCAAUACUUAGAGUCCCAAUUCUGUCUUAUUUGCCAAAAAAAAGCAAGCCCCCUAAAGUUGAUAUUGUUAUAAUGUAUAUACUGUAAAAUAUGAAAGAGAAUCGAUGUAUCUUACUUUUUCAUUAUUUGCUAACCAAAGCUGUACAUUUUUCAUACAAUCUGCAGCCUUUUGGGGAUCAAAUGGGUCAAAACCAUAGGACCUGCCACCUCCCAUCUGCAAUUCUGGAAAUGCACUAUUUCUACUGGUAUUCUUGCUUUCUUUCUUUUUUCAUUUUCUUGCUGAAAUGACAUGAAUUGUUGAGUUUAUUUUUACACAGUAAAGAGUGAAGAAAGA